AAAGGACUGAACUGAAAAAACAACAACCUUACGGCGGGAAAAAGAAACAGAGCUCAAAGGAAACCUUCCUAAAAGCAAUCUCUCCUUCUCUCUCUCUCUCGCUCUCUCAUUUCAUUUUAUAUAUAAUUUCAACUCUCAAAAUUCUUAACCAAAAUUCCAGAUUCUCUCUCUGCUUCCUUUCUUCCUUCCGGAGAGAUUUUCUUCAGAAUUUUCCCGGAGGAAUAACGCUUAACAUUCACUUUUUCUCCACUAACAUUUCCAAUUUCUUCAAUCUUCUCUUCUUCAUUUCGGUAACUGGAUCCAUUGCGGGGAAGAGAAGCAAGUUGUGAAAACGGAGUUUGAUUCUGUAUUAUACAGAGAAUAAUGGAUGAAAUGUAGACUGCCUUAAGUAGAAAUGGAGACUAGCGGCGGCGGAAGCUCCGACGAGGGUCGCCGCAUAUUCAAAGCUGAUACAUGGUUUAGCCAAUUUCGCAAUGGAUCUAAUCCUUGGAUGGCAAGAUAUAUUUAUGCCUUAAUGUUUCUAAUUGCUAAUUUGUUGGCAUGGGCUGUCCGAGAUUAUGGCCGCGGCGCAUUGACAGAGAUGGAAAGAUUAAAAGGAUGUCAUGGGGCGCGUGAUUGUCUAGGUGCUGAAGGAGUUCUUCGUGUAAGCUUGGGAUGCUUUAUAUUUUAUUUCACCAUGUUUCUUUCUACAACUGGCACUUCAAAGAUGCGAGGACGCAGAAGUACUUGGCAUUCUGGAUGGUGGUCUGCAAAGAUUAUCUUAUGGAUUGCCUUCAUAAUUAUCCCCUUUGUGCUUCCCGCCACCAUUAUUCGACUAUAUGGGGACGUUGCACAUUUUGGUGCCGGGGUCUUUCUCCUGAUUCAACUUGUAAGCGUGAUAAGCUUUAUAACAUGGUUGAAUGAUUGUUGCCAAUCCGACAAGCCUGCAGACAGAUGUCAAAUACACAUCAUGCUACUUUCAACAAUGGCAUAUGUGAUCUGUUUAGUGGGAAUCAUUUCAAUGUACAUAUGGUAUGUGCCACAGCCGACUUGUCUUCUCAAUAUUUUUUUCAUUACGUGGACACUAGUUCUACUCCAACUCAUGACCAGCGUUUCUCUCCAUCCAAAAGUGGAUGCAGGCAUCCUGACUCCUGGUUUGAUGGGGCUCUACAUAGUAUUUAUCUGCUGGUGCGCCAUUAGGAGUGAACCAGGGGGAGGAAAGUGUGUUAGAAAUGCGGAGACUUCAAACAAAACCGACUGGCUUACCAUUAUAAGCUUUAUCGUUGCUGUACUUGCAAUGGUUAUAGCAACAUUCUCCACCGGAAUCGACUCCAAAUGCUUCCAGGUGCAGUUCAGGAAGGAUGACAAACAAGACGAAGAUGAUGAUGUCCCAUACGGCUAUGGUUUCUUCCACUUGGUUUUUGCCACCGGAGCAAUGUACUUUGCAAUGCUUUUGAUUGGUUGGAAUACAAAUCAUCCCAUUCGAAAGUGGACAAUUGACGUUGGAUGGACAAGCACUUGGGUUAGGAUUGUCAAUGAAUGGCUCGCUGUUUGUGUUUACCUAUGGAUGCUGGUGGCGCCAGUGAUAUGGAAGAACAGGCAAAUGGUGGUAGGAGCUGUAUGAGAAAAACAAACCCCACAAUUCAUUCAAUGCGUGGCUCCAAAAUUCCUUCCUUCUUGAAUUAUAUUGGAUUUGGACCCACACCAUAAGAUUCAAAACAUGUAAUUUCCAAUAGCCUAUUUUUAUUUUUAUUUUGUUUUUGAUGAUUUGAUUUGUUCCCCCACAAAUAGAAAAGAAAAAUGUGUAGUCCCUUAAAAA